GGUACCUAAGGACCUCCAGCAAAAGCAGUCCACCUUGCCUGUUUCUCCCGUUCUCUGUUGAGGAUUACCAGGUUCCCUUAGACUGGGCAUCCUAGCAUCCACGCCUUUCCCAGUUGUUCCUUCAGGCUCAAGUUCGACCAAUCAGCUGCCAGCUCUAGACCAGCUAAAGCAAGAUGCCAGACUGACAGCUGUGCUCACUGGCGCGGCCUGCGACCCUGUGACCGCAGGUGUGGCUUACGCUUGCUUUCUGGACCUACGUCUCCCUUGAGCCCCCACACCAGGGCAACACCUGCCAGGAUCCAGGGCCGCGGUUCCUGCGCGCUGGCGCGCGGGAGAGAAGGGGAACAGCGGCGGUGGGGAUGGAGAGAGGGAAGGCGAAGGAGAGGGACAAGUUUUCUUCGAGCAGUAGGGAAUCAGUAAAAGCAGAGAAGGAAAAAAGGAAAGAUGUGGACGUAAAAAGCAAAGGGAAAGAGACAGGGAAGGGAGAGGAGAAGAGGAAGGAUGUAGGUCAGAAAAGCCACAGCGGGAAAUCGAAGGAAGAGGAGAAGAGGAAGAGUGUGGACGCGAAAAUCAAGGAGAACGGGAAGGAGAAAGGGAAGGAAGAGGAGAAAAGGAAGAGUGUGGACAUAAAACUCCAGGGGAACGGGAAAGAGAAAGGAAAAGAAGAGAAAAAGACAAAUGUGGACUUGAAACACAAGGAGAAUGGAAAAGGAAAGGAAGUCAAGGAGGAGCAAGGGAUGGAGAAUGAGGAGGAACAGGUCACAGAAAAGGUCAAAGACAGCAGCAGCACCUCGAUUAAAAACCCGCCGCCGCUGCCGGUAAGAGACCUGGGCGGUUGUGGGCAUUCAGACCCGCCGGGCUCUGUUACGUCGUCCCCAAAGUACGCAGAGAACCGGAUCUUGUCCGAGGGCGUCUGUCUAUGGAUGGCGGGGAUGUGGGGGAAUGUGCCAAGGUUCGAACGUAUCCCCGCCCCCAACUUCACCCCUUCCGGCACCCGUUAUUGUCUACUGUGGAGAGACCAGGGAUCUCUUAAUUGGUCCUCGUUGAACGCAGGGACCGGCUCCUGGCUCUGUCCCAGCGCUUCAUACCAGGAGAAAAGUAACCAGAUCCUAGUAGUAGGCCUGGAUGGAGCAGGAAAGACCAGCGUCCUCCACUCGCUGGCUUCCAACAGAGUCCAGCACAGCCUGGCACCUACCCAAGGUUUCAACGAAGUUUGCAUCAGCACUGAGGACAGGCAGAUGGAGUUCCUGGAGAUUGGCGGCAGGGAGCCAUUCCGUGCCUACUGGGAUAUGUACCUGCCUAAGGUAUGGCUGCUGAUCUUUGUGGUAGAUUCAGCUGAUCACAGUCGAUUGCCUGAAGCCAGGAGAUACCUUCAUCAGCUGAUUGCGCCAAACCCAGGGCUCCCUCUGGUUGUGUUUGCCAACAAACAGGAUCUUGAAGACGCCUACCACAUUAUAGACAUCCACGACGCCCUGGCACUGUCGGAGGUGGGGAGUGACAGAAAAUUGUUCUUGUUUGGAACUCAGGUGACUGAGAAUGGCUCAGAGAUCCCCUCCACCAUGCAAGAUGCCAGAGACCUGAUUGCACAUCUGGCCGCAAAUAUGUAGACGUUGACUAGGACCCGGCCCACUCCUCAAUUCACCAUCAAACUGUCAUCAGAGGGCUGAAUGGCAGGCAGGCUUAACCCAAAAGUUUACACCUACAAUAAAAAAUAAGCCAUUUCCUAUUCUCUCAAUGCAAAGUGUAUAUACGAAGAGAAUGCUCAUUUAUUAAGAUUACAUUUUUAUUUUUUUUAGAUUUUUUAACUUUAAAUUUUUUUAAUUAUUUUGUUUGAUGGCAAUUUGGAUUUUUGCUUGUUUUGGGUGAUGAGAGUUGAGCCCUGGGCCUCACGUAUGUUAAACACACCAUCUACCGUGGUGCUAUGCCCACACACCUGGAUGAGGGUUUUAACUCAAAAGUAAAGUUCGUAUU